CCCGGCGCGCCCGUACGUAACGGGGCGGGGCAGCGGGGAACCGGAAGCCAGAGCCGCGACAGCGCCGAGGGAGAGGGGCCCAGGGGAGCCCGCAGUUUGAGGCCCCUCUGCUCCGCUUCCCCCGCCGGGCCGGAGCGCCGCCAUGUCCAACAUGGAGAAACACCUGUUUAAUUUGAAGUUUGCUGCCAAGGAGCUCCAUAGAAACUCAAAAAAAUGCGACAAGGAAGAAAAGGCCGAGAAAGCCAAAAUUAAGAAGGCGAUUCAGAAGGGUAACAUGGAAGUCGCACGAAUACACGCGGAAAACGCCAUCCGCCAGAAGAACCAAGCCAUCAAUUUCCUGCGCAUGAGCGCCAGGGUGGACGCUGUGGCAGCCAGAGUUCAGACCGCGGUGACCAUGGGCAAAGUAACGAAGUCGAUGGCGGGGGUAGUUAAGUCUAUGGAUGCCACGCUGAAGAGCAUGAACCUAGAAAAGAUAUCUGCACUAAUGGAUAGAUUUGAGCACCAGUUUGAAACACUAGAUGUUCAGACACAGCAGAUGGAAGACACGAUGAGCAACACUACGACACUAACAACGCCACAAAACCAAGUGGAUAUGCUUCUGCAGGAAAUGGCAGAUGAAGCAGGUCUUGAUCUGAACAUGGAACUACCUCAAGGACAGACGGGUUCUGUUGGUACGAGCGUUGCCUCAGCAGAGCAGGAUGAACUGUCACAGAGACUGGCCCGCCUGCGUGAUCAAGUUUAAGUGAAACCAAGCUGCGGUUCUUUGGACGUGCUUUCAAAAAAUACCCUUUCUGUACCUAACCCUCCACUACACUAGGAAGGUGGCUCCGGUAUGACCCGGGUGGUUGAAUAUUUGUAAUAUAGGGUAUUUCACUCCUAGCUCGCUGCUCUUUCUAAAUACAUUAACCCAAAAUAUCAGCUCUCUAAUGUCCUUUUCUGUACAUUUUGAAGUUGAUAUAUUUUUUGCAAGCUUUUUUCAUAAAAUCAAGUUGAUAUUCUAAGUCAGUGAUGUUGGUACAUUCUAGCUAAAAAAAAAAGCAGAGUGUCAUUGAUAUAUAUUUUAAAUUAUGAAGUGAUUUUUGGUUUUUAAAUAUUGAGGACUGUUUGUGGUUGGAGAACUGAUGUAUUCAGUUCAGAUGAUCGUUGUAGACAACUUUCAUACACAGCCAAGCUCCUGGAACAUGCAACAGUGUGGACUUCAUGGAAAGUACACUUGUUAAAACAAAUCAGUGGACUUCAGUCUGGGAUUCCUAGUCUUUUAAAGCCAGGGUAAUUGUACUGAAAUGAGUUGUUAAGUUAGAAAAGGAGUUACCAAAAGCUGUUUGCGCAUGAUUGAGAACUUACACGGUGUCAUCACUUCAGUACAAGAGGAAUAAAAUCUCUUUUUCAAGUGUCUGUCGGUUGUGUUGGAUGCUGCAGCUCGCUUGCCAACGUUAAUGCCAAGUGCUGCGGCUUCUCCGCUUUUCCCUUCUCAGUGUCCUGGGGUGCAGCCAGUUCUCCACUCACACCUCUGCUCUGCCGACAAAACAGCCGGUUCCUGUGAACGCAGAACUCACACUACCCACUUCUGACAGAUUCAAGCCGAGAAGCCUCAUGUGAAGUAACUGAAGCCCCUUUUCUCCAUUCCUUCCUCUGUCUUUGCUUUUAAUCUGCUCAUUUUUUUUAUACAUGAGGAUGAGUCUUGUGAUCGUAUUCUACACGUCAGUGUUCUUCCAUAUAUGAAAAAGACUUCAGUAGUUUUCCUCAGGCUCAGAUCUCCCCCAAAAAUGAUUUGUAAAUGAUUUGCAAUAUUCCAGCUGUAUGGAGAAGCAAGUUGGUUUUAGUGAUCCCUUGAACCCCUUUGUAUUUCAGCAGCUUCCAACUCUGGCUGCAGGUGUGAAGCAAAUAAAUUGUUGUAGAAAUUGUAGCUGAGGCUGCUUGUGAUGUGUUGGGAUAAGUGGUGGUGGUAAAAGUCUCGCUUUGAAUUUCUGGGCUUUUUUUGGUUUGUUUCAUCUUCAUAGGGAUGAGGGAAGGUGUGAAGCAUUAGGCUGAGUUCUUAAUUUGCUGGUGUUGAGGAUCGUGUGGGUUUUCCAGUGCGGAGGAAAUAUUUAGGACAAAAAAAUGCUUUCUUAGUCAAGCAGGAUUUUUGCAGUGAAAACAUGCAAGAGUGCAAACACACUUCAGGGCAGUGUCAAACUGGUUUCUGUGUUAUUCAAAUCACUUUGAAGGUUUAGCAGGGUGUUACGUGCUGAGUGUUCAAGGCUACUGUAAAAAUAAGAUAUGGAAAAUAGGAUAGACAAAACAACCGGAAAAGUUGUGGAAUUGUGCAUCUCACACCCGCAGCCUAAACCAAAACGAUUUGUUUAAAAUGUGGUCCUUUCACUGGUAUACACUGAGUUUUGAAGGAGCUUUCUUUUAAACAUCGUGAAUGUUCCUCCUGUAAACAGGAGGAAUUGGGAGGUGUUUAAAGACCUUGUACUCACGUCUGUAGUCUCGGUACAAUCCUUUCAAAUCAUUAAUAAAGCCUCUUAGGAAAGGGGCUAUAUGCUACUUUUUUCCCUAGCUCUUUCUGAACAAUAUAACAACAUUAAUGGUAAAUCUAUGCAAGCAGGUUACCCGCAGCCGUGGUAGCCGCGUGUGUUUGUGCCUUUGUCUUAUGGAACUUACUGUAUGUUUUUUAUAUAUAUAUUCGGUUACUUCAUAUCUGAUCGGAUUGGAAAGUUACUGUCACAUCAUAAAUCCCCAUCCGAGUUUACUGUGCGGCUGUUUGGUGAUGGGUUUGUGUGUUCAGUGUUUGACAUCAGGUGACUUCAGCUGGCCCGUUUUAAUGUUGAUUAUUGUGCUUUUAGGCCAUUCCUGGGCAUUCCCAAACUAUUGGAGGGGAUGGGCAGCAAUUCUGGGAUCUGUAGGUUUGACUUCUGGAGUAUGUUGCUUUGCCGUGAGCCUUGGCCUGCUGGAGGCAUUUAAAAAUAAAGGGAGAUGAGACUGAUUGCUGCAAGGGGAAUGUUAAAUAAGCUUCGUUAUCUUCCUGGCUACACACAGCCCGUUCUGUGGGUUGAUCUCAUCCCAGGCUUGCUAACUCUGGUACCAGAACAGAUUGGUCUUGUUUUUUUUAAAGGGUUUAACAAACAAACAUAAAGGCUUGACUGCUAUAAUAAUGUCACCUCUGCGGAACUAUGGUGCAAAGAGCCAGGUGGGCUUGGGGAGAAAUACGCCUUUGAAACGUUGCAUUUUCCCCCUCCCGACUUCACUCCCAGAACCAGGAUUUGGUGCCAGCUGCUCCUGUGCACAGAGAUCCCGGGGAAACAGUUUCUUUUCUCUUUGGAAGCACUCGUGUCUGCGAGUUCAGAACAUUGCAGCAAUUACAUUUGGAAUGUGUCUAUUUUUCUCAAGUCUUUAGGAAAUGUUUAUAACUGGAAGUUGUUCCUGGAGCAAGAGUUGAGUUUCGUGUCCUUCCCACCCAGGCUCUCCAGCCAUUUGCCGUUUGCAGGUCAGCUCUGGCUCCUCACUGCACGUAACUCGUUUCUCUUGUCAGUUGCCUGUCUGUGUUUGCAGAAGUCCAUUUCAUGUUAAAUAAAUUGUGUUUGCUUUUAUGUAACCUUAUUACCAGAUAGUAUUUCAAUAUUUAUGCUUAGGAGCAGACACAUCGAAUGUGAAACAUUGCUUGAAAUGUUGCAAGAUGAUUUUGCUCCAUGUUUUUUUCCUCUUGGUUAGUAAAACUGCUGGCGAAUGGGACCGUUAAUCUUUAUUCAUUUUAAUUCCAAAACUGAAAGCCAUGAAGAGCUUCAGGUGAAAGGAGAGGGAAGGAAGGCAAGAGCAAGAACUUCAGCUUCUUUGAUUGCAAUGGGAUGAAAUGAUCAAGUUGCCUUUGUGGAGAUCCUCAGAGCCAAAAACAGCGACAUUUUGUUAAAUAUAGACAGCACCUGUGUACAGAAAUAAACUGAAGCUGGUGACGUAUAGAAAAGAGAAUAAUUUUUGUAGCUCUGGUCGAGUUGAUUUUGAAAACUGCUUUACUUGUUUGGGACGAUUUGUAAAUGUAACUGCAAGUGGUAAAUAAAAUUGUCCAGAGGAAUGAUUUCA